GAACGACUGGAAAAUUAGGAAGUAUAUGAUGGACAAGUAUAACAUGGACAAACUAAAGAGCCACUCAAUCCGGUGAAAUUGCCUCCUACUCUAAAAGAUGAAUCUUCUUAUUGCAGUUUACUGUCACUAAAAUAACAUAUAGGCCUAAGUGCAGAGUUAUCUGGAGGUCUGUCUACAUACAGGACCUCUUUAAAGUCGGUGUGUCCCGUUUCCAUGUGAUUGGCCAGACGUUAAAUUGAACCUGCCUUCCGGAACCAGUAGGCUAAUGCAUUUUUCUCCAAUAUUUCCGUAACCAUGGCUAUAGCGCACGUCGCAACGGAGUAUGUGUUUUCCGAUUUUUUAUUAAAGGAACCGAAUGAAUCAGUUUAUAAGGGGGUACGUUUGGAACUGGCCGCGGAUAAACUCGUCACUUUUAUUGCGGUGGGACUCCCUCUCUUGCUAAUUUCUCUAGCCUUUGCCCAAGAAGUGUCAGUGGGUACCCAGAUCAGCUGUUUCCCACCCAGUAACUUCACCCUGCGACAGGCUGCAUACACAGACUCCUUCUGCUGGGUCGCUGUGGAGGGUCAAACUACAGAGGAUGGCUCUCCCCUGUGGCUUCAUAAGUUCUUCCCCUACGUGCUCCUCUUGCUGGCUGUGCUCAUGUACACUCCUGUUCUCUUCUGGCGCUUCACCGCUGCGCCCCAACUCUCCUCUGACCUCGGCUUCAUCAUGGAGGAGCUGGACCGCUGCUACAACCGUGCCAUCCGCCAGGCCAAGAGCCUGGCCUCCCCCCCACGCAGUGCUAGGGAUGUCCCCGAGGACUCCCACAGCGGUCUGGAGUUGGCAGAGAGCUGCUUUAAGCCUCCUCUAGUGGAGCAGUACCUGUGGACCAAGCAGAGCGUUUGGACGCUGGCACUGAAGUACCUGCUGUGUCGAGCUCUCACUCUGCUCACCUUACUGCUGGCCUGCCUCUACCUGACCUACUACAUCUGCAUGGUGUCGCCCAGCGACCAGUUCUCCUGCAUCCUGCACACAGGUGCUCUCCUGAAUGACAGUGCUCCACCUGUAGUGCAGUGUAAGCUGGUGGCUGUGGGCGUGUUCCGCUUGCUCAGCUGCAUUAACGUGGGUGUGUACUUGCUGUUGAUACCUGCUGUCAUAUACUCCGCCCUGUUGCCUGGACGUCACCGCAAGGAAAUCCGUUUGCUCCGCCCAUACCGUCUACUGCCCGCAUUUGGCCACGCCCAAGGGUUGCAGUUGGCUACCCAUCGCUAUGAUGACCUGAGUAUCUAUCUGCUCUUUCUGGAGGAGAACCUGAGUGAGCUGAAGAGCUACAAGUGUCUGCAGGUAUUAGAGUUACUGACAGAGGUAGAGAGCAAAACCUUGGACAUGUCAUGUCUCCUGAGGACACUUGGACAAGUGAAGACUGAUCUGGUGGACAGGAAACUCCCUCCCACCAUAGAUGGCAAUAGCCAAUCAGCUCAUGAGAAGCAGGGAGCAGAAUCUGCUGUGUUCAAGGAUGUCUCCACUCAGCUGCUGCAGGAUGGACCAGAGAAAGAGACCCAGUGCAGCUGUAGGAAGGUUGUGAGACAGAGAGUGUUGUGAAGUUCACUGUGUGUGUGUUCUGAAGUUCAUUGUGUGUGAGAGAGUGUGUUUGAGUGUGUACGCAUAUAUGCGUAUAUGUGUGGUUUGCUACCUUUACUGUGCUCUCUUGGAUCAGAGUGUCCUCAAGUUCUUCUGGCAGUGUGUGUGUGUGUGUGUGUGUGUGUGUGUGUGUGUGUGUGUGUGUGUGUGUGUGUGCAUAAACUGUGACAAACAAUAAAAAGCCAUAUAGCAUAGUAUCUCCUCUUUGAAAAAGAUUAUCACUCAUAUCAAUAAUCAUAUAGAUUAAUAAUCAUAUAGAUUAAAAUAAUCAUAUAGAUUAACAGAACCCACAGUGAUGCUCUUAUUUUAACAUAGCAUGAGUUAACAGAGUGAGUGCAAAGUCCAACCUCAGACAGGUUGUUUACUCGAGAAAUCCCCGAAAGUAGCAGUUAAAUGUCUACUAUAUUUACAUUUACCAUAUGUCAUUAGACAUACAUUGACAGACUUUAAAUGAAAAGCAAUUUAACCUCAGUGGAUAUAACAGCAUGGUGUGUGUGCAUGUAUUCAGGUACAUUCCAGGGGUAAUAAAUAGAUACGGCAUUCAACGUAAUAGUUAAAUAACUAAUCAUCAUUUGUGAGUGUAAUAAAUGGUAAGUUUACAUGGGGCUGAGUGUUACCUGAACUGUGUUGGGUAAGAAAGCAUUUACUAGUCACCACUGAUACAAACUAAUUCCCCAUCCGCCAAGACUGUUUGGCACUGUAGAUACCCCCAC